UUUGUUGAAAUUGCUUUUGCAUUCCGUCAAACGCCAUGGAAGUGUUCGGGCCCGAGUUUCAGUAGAUUUUGGUUUCAAUUUUUGUUGUAAAAUAGGAGUGAAUUUCUAAUUCAUACAAAACUUUUCUAGCGAUAUCUAGAAUUAAAGUUUUUGCAUGCAAGUGACGAAAAGUGUACCAUUUAUAUAGGCAGCUAUAUUUUUAAGUUUCUGUAUAAAAUUUAUGAUCAUUUUGUUGAAAUUAAUGGAGUUAAUUGAAAGUGGAAAUCGUGAUGUCAUUACUUCGUAUUGUUUUUUGUUAAUUUGUUGUAAAUUGUUUCCUGCUCGCUCGAUAUACGCGCUUUUAUUUGAUUUAGUUGGAUAAAUGGAAUCAUUCUUACUGUUAAAUAUAAUUCAAUAAUCUGCCAGUCGUUUUCGAAGUAAGUUGGAUUGAAGUUGUGACGAAAAUCCAAUUUUCAUUCUGCUUCCGAAAAUUGCAGAACGAGUCUACCAAACGAAUUAGCAUAAAGCAAAUGAAUGCUGAUGGAAUCAAAUGAAUAAAAUAAAAAAACAAGAAAUUAAUAAAAUAAAUUUACGUCCAAAUAAAAUUUAUACAAAAAGUGAAAUUUGAGUUUUUUCAAAAAUAUUUAUGAAAUAAACGGAAUUUAUUAUUGUGAGCAAAGGUAAAUGAAUUUCCCUCCAAACGCAACGACAAAUACAUUUGGUUAAGUGCAUAAAUCAAUUCCGCCCACAACAACCUGCCACGCCCUUAACACAAGUAAAAGCGUCACGUGAGCGUACGACCGUUCAAACGUCCAUCCGCAUAUUCGCUUUGUUUUAUAUUAUUAUCUUUUAAAAAUCAUCAUAUCCCAAUACCUGACACUAACUCAUAUCUACAAUGUCCACCACUGGUACUACCACCGCAUCCCCAGAAGGCAACGAUGCUAUUGGUAAAACAAUUGAUGAACUGCGCAUGGAGGUGGAACGUCUCUCGCGAGAACUUGAUCAAGCAACUAGUGAACGUGCCCAGUCGGCUCAAUACGGCUUGUCACUACUGGAGGAAAAAUCCACACUACAACUCAAAUGCGAGGAGUUAGAAACAUUGUAUGACAAUGCAAAGCACGAAUUGGAAAUUACUCAAGAGGCACUCACAAAAUUUCAAACUUCACAAAAAGUUACAACAAAAACUGGCAUUGAACAAGAGGAAACGCUUUUGAAUGAGUCAGCUGCGCUAGAGACAUCACUCAAUUCGCACAUAUUUGAUUUGGAAAAUGAAGUAAGACAAUUGAGACAUGAAUUGGAACGGGUUCGGAAUGAGCGCGAUCGCAUGUUACAAGAGAAUUCUGAUAUUGGACGUGAUAAAUCUGAUAAUGAAGCGGAAAAACUUCGUCUCAAAGCGGAACUUAAAGAUCUAAAAUUUCGCGAGACCCGUAUGCUUACAGAGUACUCUGAACUGGAAGAGGAAAACAUAUCAUUGCAAAAGCAAGUGUCAAGUCUGAAAAGUUCUCAGGUUGAAUUUGAAGGUGCCAAACAUGAAAUCCGACGUCUGACGGAAGAAGUCGAACUCUUAAAUUCCCAAGUUGAUGAAUUGGGAAACUUGAAGAAAAUAGCUGAAAAGCAAAUGGAAGAAGCUCUGGAAGCAUUACAAGGUGAACGCGAAUCCAAAUAUGCAUUGAAGAAAGAAUUAGAUAAUCAUCUAAAUCGCGAAUCUAUGUAUCAUAUAAGUAAUUUAGCUUAUAGCAUUCGCAGUAAUAUGGAAGAUAAUACUAGUACUAAUAGUGAUGGUGAGGAGGACAAUCUUGCACUUAAACGUCUCGAGGCAGAUAUAACAACCGAACUUAAGUCCCCAGAUGGUACUAAGUGUGAUUUGUUCUCAGAAAUUCAUUUGAAUGAAUUAAAGAAACUAGAGAAGCAAUUAGAGUCUAUGGAAAAUGAGAAAAUACAUUUAACGGCGAAUUUGCGUGAUGCUCAAGUGAAUUUAGAUAAAUCACAAAAUGAAUUACAAAACUUCAUGGCAAGGUUAGCAUUGUUAGCUGCACAUGUAGAUGCUUUAAUACAACUUAAAAAGCAAGUUAAUGUUAAGGAUAAAACUUAUAAUGAUAAUGCCAAUGAGGAAAACCUGACACAACAGUUACAAGAAACUGUUGGACAAUAUUUAAAUUGGUUUACAUUAUCUGCCAAAGAGAUUGAUGGUCUAAAGACUGAUUUGGUUGAGUUACAAACUGGGCUCAAUUACACAGAUGCAAUGACUUCAUUGCGUAAUGAAAUAACCAAUUUAAAGAAUAAAUUACUUGCAACAGAACAGAAAUCACUGGAUCUAAAGAGCGAUGUUAAGACAUUAACAAGCAUUUCACAAAAUGCUGGCCAGAGUUUGAGCUCCGCACGUUCCACAUUGGUCGCUCUAAGUGAUGAUUUGGCGCAACUUUAUCAUCUUGUUUGCACAGUCAACGGAGAAGUUCCAAGUCGUGUCUUGCUUGAUCAUAAGAAUGAUGAUAUGAGCUUCGAUAACGAUUCCUUGAGUACCAUACAAUCACAAUUCAAAUCAGACGUUUUCAUAUCCCGCUCUCAAAUUGUUGAAGAUUUACAAGGUCUGGCAGACUCGGUUGAGAUCAAAAAAUACGUUGAUACGGUCAGUGAUCAAAUUAAGCAUUUGAAAACUGCUGUCGAACAUUGUAUUGAACUUAAUAAAAAUAAAGUUCGAGGAGAUAUUAGUGAAGCUGAUAAAUUCAAUCGUGAAGAAGUGGAAGAACUUCAAGAGCAAAUUAUUAAACUUAAGAGUCUUUUGUCUAUUAAACGAGAACAAAUUGCUACACUUCGUACAGUUCUUAAAUCAAAUAAACAAACAGCAGAAGUUGCACUCACAAAUCUCAAAUCAAAAUAUGAAAAUGAAAAAACGGUUGUGAGUGAAACGAUGUCCAAAUUAAGAAAUGAGUUGAAGAUUCUAAAAGAAGAUGCAGCUACUUUCUCAAGUCAUCGUGCUAUGUUCGUAGCACGUUGCGAGGAAAAUGUAAGUCAGGUUGAUGAUCUUAAACGUCAACUUCAGGCCGCAGAAGAGGAAAAGAAAACUUUAAAUCAGUUACUAAGGCUUGCAGUGCAACAAAAACUAGCGUUAACACAACGCUUAGAAGAAAUGGAAAUGGAUCGUGAAAUGCGACAUGUGCGUCGCCCGGCGGCUCCACAACGUGGUGCAAGUGGAAAAUCAUCAUUUUCAUCACGUCCAUCAACACGAAAUUCGGCGAGCAAUAGCCAAAACCCCUUCUAACAUAAGAUCAGCGUUCAGCGUAAGCUCUUGGCUUUAGUCUACACUUUACUCAAACUAUAAAGAAUCGACUAAAGUUUUAAAGUCGAUCGAAAAUCUGUUUUGUGUAUAUUUUAAAGUUGAAUUGGUUCCAAUUGGUUUGUUCAAUAUAUCUUACAUAUUUUUUAUGCAAGGCUUGGUAGUUUUGGUAGCUAUAUGAGCUAGUCUAAAAAUAUAUAUAUAUAAUAUAAAUAUAACAAAAGGCAGUCAGGGAAAUACUGUUUGCAUUGCAUGAUUUAUAUGUUACAAUGAUGGCAGCUCACGUAAGAAAUUUAACAAUUACUUGUAUAAUUUAUGCAUUGAAUACUGAAUUGAAUUUCUUGAUUAUGUUUUAUUAUUAUAUUAACUAUUUUCAACUUAAAGUAUGCAAAACAAUGGUACUGUUCGCUAAUAUCUAUAUAAAAAUGCUAUUUAUUUUACAUUUUUAAACUAUUUAUAAUAUUUAUAAAAAAAAAAACAAAAUGUAUUAAAUGUACGCUUACAGUCGAUUAACGAUUCACUUGACCUCAAAAUUUGUUAUGCGAGGUUAAAUCCCCUCCCUUAAAUAUGAAAAGUCAAUGGGGAAUUCUUCAACUUACUGUGAAAUCGCUAGUCUGAUGAGUCAAUGCAAUAGUAAAACUAAUUGUUAUGAUAAACGGUUUGUUACUUAAACGUCCAUUUAAUGUAAUUAAAAAUAAUUUUUACUAUACUUUAAUAAAACUAAUUGGAAAUUUAUAGAAAACAUUGUUGAAACACCGACCAUUUUAAAAGAUGUUAGUAUGAGGAAAUAAUAUCUCUU